GUUUCCAGUCAGAAGUGCACUUUAAACAUAAAGUCGCACCUCGUUGGAAAAGGGAUUAACCAGGCUGCCUAUUACUGCCUCUUUGUACGGUUGUUAGCCGCUUUUAAUAACAAACACCGACUUUUUGACAGCGAUCAGAGGUAUUUUAUCAAGAAAUAAAAAUGUAUUCAAACUACAGCAAGACAGUAGAUAUGAGCGUAGCAAAGAACCAAGCAGAGACGUAUCUAACGUCUCCGUUUUGGUUUCGUAAGAUGGUGACAUAUUUUCGGCGUUUGGACAUUGACAAUGACGGUACAAUUACAAUUGAAGAAUGGAUGGAAUUGAUUAAGCGAUUCCAAGCAAAGCAAAAUGAUAAGAAAAGUGAAGAUCGGGUGAAAGAGACUUUAAUGAGGAUGUGGAAAGAGUUUAUGGGAAGUACAAAGGAAAGUAUGUCAUUACACGACUGGCUCCUUUGCGCUGUGGAGAUACCACUUCAACGUAAGAACAAUGGCAUGUCUCAAUUAAUAACCGACUUCUCGAGGGUGUUCUUCCAAACACUUGAUACGAACAACGACCAAGAGAUAUCAAUGGAAGAAUUUGAAAACUUUUUUGAUUGCUUCCAAAUCAACCCCAACUUUACUCCCAUUGCGUUUAAGCUCAUUGAUACCAACGAAGACGGUAGUAUCAGCUUUAAUGAAUUCCGUCAUAGUCUCAAAGAUUUCUUUGUCAAUUUAGAUGAAAACUCCAAAGGAAAGUGCUUCUUUGGACCGCUGAUAUAUGACCAAGUUGAAGCGCAUAAACACAAGAAAGAGGACUACCUGGCGAGCAGCUACUGGCAGAGGAAAAUGAAGACGUACUUCAGUCGCCUGGACGCGGAUGGUGAUGGGGAAGUUACUCUGGAUGAAUGGAACAUGGUGAUUCAACGGUUCUCUGAGAUUUGUUGUCAUGAGAGAAAGAACGCAAUUACUUCAUCAUUAAUGAAAAUGUGGCUAGUGUAUAAAGGAGGUUCGAAGAAAUCCCUAACCCUGGAUGAAUGGAUGACAAAGUGUGCAUUGGGGCCUUCAACAAGUCAUCGCCUGGACACAAAUACGCUGUACCGUCGCUUCGCUCAGAUUUACUUCAAGGCAAUAGACUUGGACGGAGACGGCGUAAUCUCACAAGCUGAGCAUGAAGCUUUCUUCAAAUGUUUAGGAAUAGAUCAGAAAUGGUCAAAAGAAGCGUUCGACUCGUUAGACAUUAAUAAAGAUGGAGCUAUUAGCUUUCAAGAAUUCUGUGAUGGAUUUUUAGAAUUUUUCUUUAAUUUGGACGAGAAAAGAAAUCACGGUGAUCUUUUCUUUGGUCCACUGCUCUAGAAUUUUGAUGCAUAACGUAUUUAUAAUGUGGGGUGUAGUCCAGACAGAUUCAAACGUAGGAGAGCCAA